CUACCCCUACCCUUUCAUAUGAGUGCUUGAGAUUUUCUGGCUUUCAUGCGGACCGUUCUAAAAAUAAUCCAUUUGCUGGUCUAGUUCCAUAUUAAGUUCCGGCACAAUUCACCAGGAACAAAAGCAGGAGAGCAGCAGUUGUAGAGAGGUUUGGGGUAGGAGGACCGGGUUAAAAGACGCUCUCUUAUUCCCCACUUCGUUUUAUGGAAUGGGGGAGCCACAGGCAGAGGUCAAGGUGGUGAAUGAAGAAACAGAGGCCAAGCCGCAGCAGGCCAAUAAGAAUGGCAAGAAGGCAGAGGGUGCAGGAGGAACCUCCUUCUUCACCUGGUUCCUGGUGCUUGCUCUCCUGGGCGUCUGGACCUCAGUAGCUGUGGUGUAUUUUGACCUUGUUGACUAUCAAGGUGUAAUAGCCAAAGCAAAGGACUUGCGCUAUAAUCUUUCAGAGGUAUUACAAGGGAAACUUGUAUCCUAUGAUGCCGAUGGGGAUGGAGACUUUGAUGUGGAAGACGCCAAAGUUCUACUAGGACUGACAGAUAAACCCAGCAUUGUGACCGGUGAAUCAGUUGAGGAUAAACCUGAACCUGUGGAAGAAGAGUCUAUUGUGGAGGAAGAGAUUCAAGCCACGAAAGCUGAGAAUUCCGUUCCGCCGCCACCAGAACCUGAGGCUGUGGAGGAGGAGCCAGAGGCGGUGGAGGAGGAGCCAGAGGCUGUGGAGGAGGGGCCAGAUGCUGCGGAGGAGGAGCCAAAGGCUACGGAGGAGGAGCCAGAGGCUACGGAGGAGGAGCCAGAGGCUGCGGAGGAGCAGGAAGUCCCAGAGGAAGAACCUGAAGUUGUGGAGGAAGAACCAGAGGCUGUUCCUGUUGAAGAGGAAACUGAGGAGGAGCCUGAACCAGUGGAGGAAUCUGUACCACUUGAGGAAGUGGUUGAGGAAGUUAUUGCAGCGGAGGCUGCACCAGUGGAGGAGGCUGCACCAGUGGAGGAAGCAGUUGAGGAGGCUGCACCAGUGGAGGAAGCAGUUGAAGAAGUGGUGGAGGAGACUGCACCAGGAGAAGAUGAAGUAGAAGAAGUGACAGAAGAAAAUGCACCAGUAGAAGAAAUAGUGGAGGAAGCCGUAAAGGAAGCUGAGCCAGUGGAUGAAGCGGUGGAAGAAGCAGAACCAGCAGAAGAGCCAGCAGAGAAAGCUGAACCAGCAGAGGAACUUGAACCAGCAGAGGAACCAGCAGAUGAUGCUGAACCAGUAGAAGAGCCAGUAGAGGAAGUAGUAGAAGUGCCUUCAGAAGAAGAAGAAGAAGAAGAAGAAGAAGCUGAGGACGAGGACGAGACAGCAACAGAAGAGGAAACUGAACAAGUGGAGGAACCAGCAGAGGAGGCAGAACCAGUGGAAGAUACAGAACCAGUGAGUGAAACACCUGAAGAAACAGCUGAGGAGCCUGUCCUUAAUGAAGAAACAGUACCGGAAGAAGAAUUAAUAGAGGAGACACCUCAGGAAGAUGAGGAAGUAGAAGAAUCCACAGUGGAGGAAGUAGAGCUUGAGGAGGAGAAUGUAGAAGAACAGGAGGAAGCAACUUCUGAGGAAGAACAGACUGAGGAAGACAUUGCAGAAACAUAAAGCAUGAGGCAGUAUGGAGGAUGAGGAGAGGACCAGCACUGCCUGGCAUUCCACUGGAACUGUGCAGCUGCCAAUUCUCAUCUUGGAGUUUUUUUUUUUUUAACUCAAGCCUAUUUGUUAAUUGAUAAUGUGGUCUCUUGUGUAUAAUACACUUUUUAAUGUUUCUGUUUGGUUGUUUGAUUUUUCUCCUUUCCCUUGCAGAUCCUUAUAAUAAUGACAAAAGGUUUUGUGUCCAUCCCCUAACAUAGAUGUGAAGUAGCCAUUUUUGAUCACGGCUAAUAGUCAGAUUGUCGUUCCCUAUUCUUUGUGUUUAAACAGCAUCAUGUUGCUUUGUAGCUCAGAGAUAUUGACAUUUUAUUCAGAAUUUAACUUGUCAGCAUGUCUUCAUCAAAUCUGUCUUUUUGCUUUAAUGUGAAGGUACUAUGCAAAGCUGCACUGAUCUUGCGCUAUGAUUUCAUCUUUAAUUUUUGUACUACCGGUAUGUAUUGGGUCUGCAUUUCCAAUGUUGCAUAUCAAGGACAAGUUUAUGCUGGCAGGUAGAUAAUUGUCAUGUGAAGUGUGUGUGGAGCCUUUGGCGUGCAUGUUUGUAUGUUGGUUUGAAAGUUCAAACGUUAACCGUUUUGCGAAACAAUCUUUUGAGCCAUUUUUCUUAUUAGUAGAAUGUUUUCUCAUUUGUCUUUAUUUCUGCUUACUGUUAAGAUUUGAGUACCUCUCUGUUUUUUGCCAAGAUCUCACAAUGAGCAGAAGACUUUCACUAGCAAAAGUUUUCAUUUCAUUGUGAUUCUGCUCUGUGACAUUGUAAUACAGCUAAUAUGGACCAGUCCAAGACAGUGUACAUUCCCUUCAUAGGGUGUUCAUAGACUUAUAUUUGGAUGAGCUACAAGCUACUUGUUCCUGACAGACACCAUGUCUACACCAAACGGGCCAUGACAACAUGCUUGUUCUUAAUGGGUUUGUCGCGCCCCGCCGAAUCCAGUGUGGAAUUUUUUUUAAAUUAUAAUGGGUUCUAAUGCGUUUCUAAUAUAUUUUGUCGUGUCGUGUCCGGUGUAGACACGGUGAGACACUCCAGCUGCUGUGCAAUUUAAAUGGGCAUUCUUCAUUACAUAUGGUGUAAGGCUCCGUAUGUAAUGAAGAAUGCCCAUUUAAAUUGUGCUUCAAAUAUAGAGCAACCUGUUCUAUAAAAUACUUUUAAAAAUACUAAUAUUUUUAUAGCGGUAUAAAUCUAGUGCUUCAUCAGUCAUUACAUGCAGAUUAAUUUGUUAACCUCACAGCCUGUGCAUUCCAUGUGCAUUUAUGUUGCUCCUUUCAACUGCUGGAGACCGUUUUGUUGUCUGCAUACAGAAAAGAACGUGACUGGGGUGUCUUGUCACUAGAAUAUAUUUCGCUAGAUUAGUUUGUAUUUACUAUUGUCAACAGUAUUGCCAUGGUUAUUAUAAUACGGUGUAUGUCUAACCUAAAAUACAGAGUAAUUAGUUAAGUAAUGACUUUGAAGGAAACUCUGGCUCUUGUUUCACUGUGGAUUCUUUUCUCCUCAAGGUAUUGUUUUAUGUACACUGUGGUUUUACGGGCCCUGCCAGAAUAAAGUUUAUGUGAUGGGCUUUAGAAAAUGCUGCAAAUCAAUUGUUUUACUAUGGCUGCAAUGUAUUUUUGAGGUUUUUUUUUAUUACAACAGUAGAGGGCAUUCUGGACCCUUAACACAUUUGAACGCGAUGUGAAUUUUUAAAGUGGUAUUAAUUUUGCUUAUUACAAACUUAUUUCUUUUCUUUUUUAGAAUUUUUAAGAAUUCAUUUUUUUAGGAUUUGACGCUUUAUAGUUGAAUUGAAUUUUACAAAAGUGUUAACCUCUAAAAGCCAUAUGUAAAAGGUUGGAUUUAGCAACCUUGAUAUAGGCCAUACUUCAGUGGACAGACACCUCACAACCAGCAAUAAAUAAUUUAUAAACUGAAGUUUACUGAAUACUUUGUAUUCAGAGGUUUACAUGAAAUCCUGCUGUAUAGGCUUACUGGUUUAAGUUAUUGAGGUGAUUGUGGUUUUAGGGAGUUUUGGGUAACUUUGACACAUCUGUAAACUGUAAAUGUUUGGAGUGCUGCAAUAAAGGUUGGGACAAUGAUAAAACCACCUAGACCUGUGUUGUUUUGUUC